AUGUCUGCAACCACUAUCCGCAAGGCCGUCAUCACGGAGUUCGGCGACGUCUCCAAGGUCCAAAUCAUUCAGGACACCAUCGAGCCGCCUCCGGCAAACCACGUCCAGGUCUCAACCAUCUACUCCGGUUUCUCAGGUGCCGACAUCAACAUGCGCAAAGGCGUCUACCCCAUGCAGAAGAAGGCCCCGCUGACUCCGGGCUACUGCCUGGUCGGCACUGUCAAGACCACCGGCCCAGGGUGCACAUCCAAGCUCUCGCCGGGUGAUCUCGUCGCCUGCCUCACAAUUUACGACGCCGAAGCCGAGCUGGUCAACCUGCCGGAAAAGUACCUCAUCAGAGUACCCCCCGGGACCGACCUGCAGCAGGCCACAGCCCUCAUCCUAGACUGGAACACAGCGUACGCCAUGGUCUUUGACGUCGCCAAAGUCAGCAAAGGUCAGCGCGUCUUCAUCCACGGCGUCAGCGGGGCCGUCGGCUAUGCCCUUAUGAAGCUGUGCCAGCUGCAAGGCGCCGAGGUCUACGGCACGGCAUCGGAGCGGAACCACGCCGCCGCCCGGGAGCAAGGGGCCCACCCGUUCGUGUAUACGGACAAGAAGUGGAUGCAGGCCGUGAAGGAGCUCGGCGGGGCGGACGCCGUGUUCGAUCCCCUCGGGUUCGAGAGCUGGGAUGAGUCGUUUUCGGUUCUGUCGCCUACCGGUAUCUUGGUCGGCUACGGCGGCAAUCUACGCUCACUCAAUGACGAUUCGGAGCAUGGCUCUGUUGUCUUGCCGACGAUGAAACUUAUGGCGCGGGGCAUGGUGCCGUUUUGCGGCAAGAGGACCAAGUUCUACUACAUCACGCGCGACGACGCGACGUUUGAGCCGAAUCUGAAGGCUUUACUUGAGUUGGCGGCCGAGGGCAAGAUCACCGUUCCCAUCAAGAAGGUGAUUGGCAGCAGCGACGAACACGGUGGAAGGGGCGACGUCUCUUCGCCAAAGGCAUCUUUCCGACAUUCGUCAACUUCUCUGCCUCGGGAUAAGUACUCGUCAACUUCAUCACAACACAAUCGCUUCAUCACAGUCUUUCAUAGCCCGAACGCAAUGAAGGUUUCAAUUGGCCUGGCCGCCGUCACGGGUCUCGCCGGCUUCACUGCCGCCAAAAAGCCCGACCCUCCCAAGAUCACCGACUUUGACUGGGAUACCAUCACGCCCGCCCGCAAGCUGGAAUACCACCCAUGCUACAAAGACUACCAAUGCGCCCGCCUCAGCGUCCCUCUCGACUGGCUCGAUGAGACGAACGAGCACACGGUCUCUCUGGCAAUCAUCAAGCUCCCUGCCACCGUCCCCGACGACGACCCAUCUUUUGGCGGCACCGUUUUCACCAACCCAGGCGGGCCCGGUGGCUCCGGCGUGAGCAUGCUGCUCCGCAAUGGCCACGAUAUGCGCCGCACGCUAAGCGGCGGCAGCAAAAAGUACGAGAUGCUGAGCUGGGAUCCGCGCGGCGUGCAAUUCACGACGCCUGUGGCUGAUUGCUACGAGGACGAACUCGCAAGGGACACGGACAACAUCCAACGUCUGGCCAUCGGGCCGCUCGAUGCCAGCCCGGAUGCAUUGAGGAGGCAGUGGGCGAGGAUUCAGGGGUACGGCAGGCUCUGUACCGAGAAGCCGGGCAACGGCUCCAUCAUCCCAUUUGCUACGACAGCAUCUGUCUGCCGCGACAUGGUCGAGAUGGUGGACAAGAUUGACGAGCUUCGCAAGAAAGAAGCUGCAGCUUCGCAACCCGAGCAGUCGCUAGAGCUCCGGAAGGUUAAGGAUGUGCCGCGGAUUCAAUACUGGGGCUUCUCAUACGGCAGCAUCCUCGGCAAUACGUUCGCCUCAAUGUAUCCUGGGCGCGUAGGCCGGCUUAUUGUUGAUGGCAUCGCGGAUUCAAAUGACUACGUGGCAGGGGGCUGGAAGACCAACCUUCAAGAUACGGAGAAGCUUGUUGAUUAUUUUUACGAGACAUGCUUUGAGGCUAAGGAGAAAUGCGCGCUGAGCCGGCCUUCGGACAAGCAGUGGCAAGACGUUCGUGAUCGAGUCGAUCAGCUCGUGAAACGUCUCGACGAAGCCCCCGUCGCGGUACUCAACGGCAAGGUGACAAACAUCUUGACAGGCUACGAUGUCAUCCUCUCCUUCAAGAACCCGCUCUACGCGCCCUACACUCGCUUCAUCAAACUCGCCAACGAAAUCAAUGCUGCCAUCGAGGGAAACUACACCGCCAUCCUGGAGUCCGCCUCCGCCGAGAUUCCCAAGAUCGACCAGGCCUGUACCCAUCCCAACGCCACAGAUCUGAGGCUCUCCUGGGGAGACGGCGGUCAGGCGGUCCUUUGCGGCGACGGCGAAGAUAACACGAAUAUGACCCUCGCCGACUACAGGGCCUACGUCGCGGUGCUCGAAUCCCAGUCGCCGACCUUCGCCGGCUACUGGGGACAGAUUCGGUCCGCCUGCACGAGCUGGCUCGUCCGCCCCAAGUGGCGCUUCACAGGCCCGUUUACGACACCGCCGCACGAUGCUGCGGUUGUAGAAGGCCGGCCCGCAGCGCCGCUGCUCUUCAUGUCUUCGCGACUCGAUCCCGUGACGCCAUUGAGAAACGCUUUCAAAGCGAGUGAGGGACACCCCGGGUCAGUUGUCGUGAUUCAAGAGUCGGUGGGCCACGCUGCCUUUGCCACGGGGAGCAAGUGUACGACCAAGAUCCUUCGGGAGUAUCUUGAGCAUGGGACAGUACCGGAGAGCGGGACCGUUUGUCAGCCUGAUUGUGGCCCUUGGGAUGGCGACGCCUGUGAGUCGGAUAGCUUAAGCGUCAACGUGGCGCCUCUUGCGCCGCCGCAUGAUAGAUCUCACCGAGUCUAUUGA